AUGGAAGCAAAUUUAGAGCAACUUGUUACGGAAUUAAAAACAUCACCCUUUUCUACUGAUGUUCUUCAACAAAUAACCUCACUUCUCCAAUCACGAACGAAUGAAACAUUACCAAAGUUUGUUUCGGAUGAAUAUCAAUCAUUGUUUAUCUUGGAACAUAACACAUGGGAACUGCUCGGUGAAAAUUCUCAUACUUGGUUGAAUAAGCCAUUCUAUAUAAAAUUCUUUCAGGCACUUGUUUCAUUCAAUAAAUGUAUGAUUUUCGGUCCCGAUACUAUACAGGAUGAUAUCAAAAGUUCACUCCUACUGCCCAAUACAACCGAUCAAAUUGAUAGUAUAUUUGACCGAAUCAAACAAUCUAAACAUGAUAAUGAUCCAUUUAUUAGUUUUGCUAGUUUAUGGUUUGAUAAUCUCUCGUUUUUUGUGCACGAAUUUCCACGAGCUGGUCAUUCGCCGACGCUGAUUCAUAUGAAUCACUAUAUUACAGGUCAUUUUAUUCUUAGUGAAACAUUUAAAUGUUAUAUCACGCAACUAUCUAAUUUACAAUUAUCACCAUCGAUAUUUACCAGUAAACAACUCUUCUAUAUGAAAACAUGUCCAUUAGCGUUGGGUGUUUACUUUUACACGAAUCCUAAAAUCUUUGAUUAUACUCUCGAUGAGAUUCUUGAACAUAUCGGUAAUGAAUAUUUAAAACUAAUUCAAAAUCAAACGCACUCCGUCGAAUUUUGGAGUAAAGAAUUACUUGGCUGUAUUAGUUGUCUGAUCAGUUGUAUGCGUUCAUUGCUUUGGUGGGACGGAGAAAACGGUACGAAAUUAAAGCUACUUUUCUCAACAGAAAAAGCCCUAUGUGCAUAUAUACAAGAUAUGAUUCGUAUUGUGGAUUAUAAAGACUACUAUGCACAUGUUAUGACACAUUGGAUUAACGAUGAAACUAUUAUAUUAGAUUCUGCCCUACUCUUUUUAAUGAAUAUAGUUCAAUCACAAAAUAUAAAUUGGUUCUUUCGUUCGAUGACACAGCUACCAGAUAUACUUUUACAAGUUGCUGAAACAUGCGCCUAUUACCGAAUAUGCCUGUGUGCCUAUGGAUUGUUAAGUGAAAUUUUAACUGACGAUCAUUUAAAAGCAUUGACAUUUCCUGAUGAUAUACGAAUUCUCGUCUUGAAAAUGAUCGAACAAGCAUGGCAUAGCCCUACAAAAAAAUACAAACAAAUACCAAUUAUUUAUUUUCUCAGAGGUUUUGCUAAUAUAUCAAAAAAUGAUUACGUUCAGAAGAAGAUGGCUGAAUCGCGAAAAAUAUCACUUUUUGUCGAAAUGUGCGAUGAAUAUCCGAUAGUGUACGAGAUUAUUUGGGCGCUUUCAUUUAAUCAAGAUAUUCAAAAACAACUACUUUCGAAUUCGCCAUUCAUGAUUAAAAUAAAGCAAGCUUCUCAACAACACGAUGAUGAACAAAUGCGUAAAACUAUCCAUGGAAUUGUAUGGAAUCUCGAAUCACACCAUCAAGACCAUGCAAAGUCAAUAGCUACUACUGAAAACACGUUUGAUAUUAUGAUCAGUUAUUCGCAUAAAGAAAAAGUUCUGUGUAAGAAAAUCUACGAUGAAUUGAUUAAAGCUGGCUAUCGAGUUUGGAUUGAUUUCGAUCAGAUGCAUGGAAAUGUGAUGGAUGCGAUGGCACAAGCCAUUGAACAGUCGAAUACAGUUAUUAUGUGUAUGAGUGAACAGUAUCGAAAAAGUAAUUAUUGUCGAGCUGAAGCACAAUAUGCAUUUCAAUGUGAACGGAAAAUAGUUCCGAUUCUUCUACAGAAACAAUAUAAACCUGAUGGAUGGCUUUCGUUUAUGAUUGGUCAAUUACUUUAUGUUGAUUUCAAUAAAUAUGAAUUUUCGCGUGCGAUGGAAAUGUUAUAUAAAGAAUUGAAAGCUGAAUUUAUGGCCGAGACUCGUGCAGCACCGGUUCCACCGAAAGAAGAUACCCUUGUAGCGCAUUCUACUACAUAUAUCUCUCCAGCCGAAAUAUCGAUACCAUCAAUCGUCUCGGAGAAUAUUCUUGACUGGACACAAUCACAAGUACAAGAUUGGCUAUUAGGACAUAAUCUUCCACAAAUGUCUCGUCUUUUCGCUGAUUGCGAUGGUCGUAGUUUAGUUUAUUUAAGCAAGUACAUAAAAAAUUGUGAAUUUCAAGAAGUUCUGAAAGUACUCGAAGCAGAUUCACUUCGUCGAAUAGAUGAAAGUAUAUCGUUAAUCGAAUUAUCCCGCUUUCAUUCUUUAAUGGACGAACAGAAGAAACGCCUACAAUCAACACAUGAUAUUACUGAUAAAAAGCUGUCUCGAGAUUCAAGCCCAUUCAAUAUUCAUAGGGAACAUUCAAGUACAUGA